UAUCUUCAGACGAUGUUUGAGGAGAAUCACACAGUAAUCACACAAUUCAUUAUUCUGGGGUUCCAGAAUCUUUACGGCUUCAAGAUUCCAUUCUUUAUUUUUGUUUUUUCUUUGUAUGUCAUUACUUUAAGUGGAAAUUUCCUAAUUGUCCUCCUUGUCUCGACCUGUCAUAUUCUCAGAUCUCCAAUGUACUUCUUCCUCUGCCAUUUAUCUUUAUGUGAUGCUUUGAUGAGCACAAGCAUUGUACCCAAAAUGUUACACGUCGUAUUGGAAGAUGGCAGCACCAUAUCCCUUUCUGGUUGCCUCACCCAGCUUCAGAUGUUUGGUUGGUGCUGCACAGCAGAAUGUUAUAUUCUGACAGUGAUGUCCUACGACCGUUACAUAGCCAUCUGUAACCCGUUACAUUAUUCCUCCAUCAUGGAAUUUAAGUUCUGUCUCAAUCUCGUUAUCUGUUCCUGGGUUCUUGGUUUUCUUUUUGCUCUGAUUACUCGUGUUUUAAUGUGUAGACUAGAAUUUUGUAAUCAGAACACGAUUGACCACUUUUUCUGUGAUUUUCUUCCAAUUUUAGAACUUUCAUGCUCAGACACCUCGCUUCUUGAAAUGGAAGCCUUCAUGGUUACACCAUUUAUACUUCUCUUUCCAUUCUUGUUUGUCAUUGUCACAUAUGUCUAUAUCUUUUUCACCAUCCUUAGAAUCUCUUCCACCACUGGAAGACAGAAGGCCUUCUCCACAUGUAGUUCCCAUUUGGCCGUUGUGUGUGUGUUUUAUGGGUCUUUAAUCAGUAUUUAUGUAAGCCCAUCUCAAGGAUUCUCACUAAAUAUCAAAAAGUUCACCUCUCUUGCUUAUACCAUGGUGACCCCAUUAUUCAAUCCUAUCAUAUAUACUCUGAGAAAUAAGGAUAUCAGAAAAGCAUUUGGCAUUUUUCUUAAAAAGACGCAAAACCAAUUUUGCCAUCGUAUGUCCAAUUAA